ACCUUCUUGCACUCGUGCCAGAAUUGUCCUGCUGGAGUUUGAGCGGCUGUCGUGAGCCAGUUUAUAUUUCGGCUCCUGUAGACCAGUCUGAAGACGGGCAAUAUGGAUCAUCACGCAACCACCUUGGAGACAGAUAAGAUCCACCAGAAUCGUCUCUCGGGUGUUAUAGAUGACGACGAAGAGCAAGAUGCAGCCUUCACCAUUGUUAGAGUCUUGGACAAGGUGGCCACCAUCGUCGACAGCGUUCAGGCUAGUCAGAAACGCAUCGAAGAGAGGCACCGAGAAAUGGAGGAUGCCAUCAAGACAAUUCAGAUCGACAUUCUGAAGCUUGCCCAGGCUCAUAGCAACACUGGCUACACGGUGAACAAGCUGCUGGAGAAAACCCGCAAAGUGAGUGCUCGUGUCAAGGAUGUGAGAGCGCGCGUAGAAAAGCAGAGUGCCAAUGUGCAGAAGGUCGAGGCCAAACAAGAGGAAAUGCUGAGGAAGAACAAGUUUCGGGUUGUCAUUUACCAGGAGGACAUUAAGUGUCCAUCUUCUGUAUCUGUUAUCAAAGGCCGGACACGAGAGGAAAGUCUAGAAGAUGCCUUCUGCCCACCAGAUGAUCUUUCCUCUGAUGAGGAAUAUUUUAUAGAAGAGAGCAGAGCAGCCCGGUUUAAAAAAUCAGGGAUAAGGCGCAUCAACAAUAUCAAAAAAGCAUUUUCAAGAGAGAACCUUCAGAAAACAAGACAAAAUUUUGGCAAGAGGGUGGACAGGCUUCGAACUAGAAUAGUAACACCAGAGAGGAGAGAGCGAAUAAGGCAGUCAGGAGAAAGGUUGAGGCAAACUGGGAUACGAUUCAAGAAAAAUAUAUCUAAUGCAGCACCAACCAAGGAGACGUUCAAGAGGCAUAAGAAAACUAAAGAGCAAGCAGAGGCUGAAAGUACAGAAGGGAUCCAAGAGUCUGGUGUUGAUACCACAGUCGAAAGUGGAGAUGCUGAACCAGUCAGUGAAGAAAUCUCCUACACUGAAGUGAUAACUAAAGUGAAGAAAAACAAAGGUGGUGGAUCAAAAGGUUCUCCUCAAGGAGAGGGCAAGAUAGUGAUGACUCCUGAAAAGAUUGUGCUCAAACCAGAGGUCAAAGUGAUGACGCCUGAAACAAUCGUGCUCAAACCAGAAAUAAAAGUUACCCCUGAAAAGAUUGCAUUGAAGACAGAAGCAAAAGAAGAGGACGACGUUCUUCUAUUGGAUCUAAAGCAAUCGGUUUAAAUGACUUAAAUCUAUCCACUGUGGUGGUGUAACUCUGGCAAGGAAAGAACAAACCCUUUAAUGUGGCUAUUCUGACCUCAAGCCUCUUCUACACACUGCAAAGGAUUUUGGGGCAUCGAAGGCAUGACCUCCAUUCAUGUGGGAAACCAGACUGGUCUGUUGGACCAGACACCACAUAAAGGCACGUCCUGGGACAGCCUCCUUUCCUGCCACCUGGCAUCCUUCAAAUUUUGGUUGUAAUCCUGCUGGGUAAUUCCAGCUAAAGUAGAUCCUUUCAGUUAAUUGCUGAAUGGUGAGUCAACACAUAAGAAAAUCCAACUGAUUUGAAGGCUGUGCUGGAGGUGGGACUAACAAUAGGAUUUAAACCAUUUUUGGGCUACAGUUCCCAUCACCAUAGGCAGCACAUCAGUACAGGUUGGGAUUAUGAGAAAGGUGGUCCCAACCAGAUUUUAAGGAUGCCAGGAGAGGGAAGGCUGGUCUAGUCCAACAUGCCCCAGCAUUUUGCCAGAAAGGUUAACAAUAGCAGAUAGUUUGACCACUGUUUUCAGUCCUCUUCUUGAGGAAUCUCUGGUAAAUUCUAAAGGAACUCUUGGAGCCCAUGACUACUAUUUCGAAGCUUAUGAUGAAAUGGUACAUGUAGCUAAAAUGUCAUAGCUAUGUUGUCUCCCAAUCUGAUCCCCUAAAACCCACUUUAAAAGCCAGACAGCUGUACUAAGUAAAGGAGUUUUCUGGUGUUGGCGAACAGGGUGCUGAAGGAUGAUGUAUUCAGCUCCCUCUUGCCAGUGGGCCAUGAUACCACACUGAGGCUUGUUGGUAGGAGGGGGCUGGAUGUAUCCUUGUUCAGCAUCCUUCUCACCAUCACCACAGAUUUCCUUCACAUGGUCCAGCUGCCUGGCUUUUAAGGUGGAUUUUAUUUUAAGGGUAUUUGUGGUAGUGGCAAUGGCACCACAAUUGUAGAUGUGAUUAUGAAGCAAUUAUGAGGUCAUUAAGUCUGGAUUAUGACAUCAUAACUGCCUAACAGGAUACAAUUCAUGUAUGUUGAUUAAAUUACUGAGGGGAAAAAUAUCUAUGUGCAAUGACUGUUUUAAUUUACAGUGGAAGUGUGGGAAGUGCAACCCUCCAGAGAGACUGUAAUUCCUAUGAGCCAGAGCCACAACUAGUGGUGAGGAAUGCUGGGAGUUGCAGUUCAGCAACAUCUGGAAAGGCUGCGUGCUGCUCACCUGCAACUUACAGGCUGUGGGUAUUCCUUUAUCACCAGAUGCCACUCCAGUAGAAAUAAAGAACUCAGUUCCUUGGAGGUUUACACAUAAAUGCCAUGUAUCAUCAUAAGUCAAAGGAGAUGGAAGUCCCCUAUAUAUUAAUGGCAUUAAUUCCUUCAUCAGUCUUUCUUCCAUCUGUAUUUGAUGCACAGUGACAGACAAACAGAGUAAAUCUCAUUAAGUGACUCAUUGGACAUCACAGACAGAUUCUUCAUAUUAAGUGGUUGUGGUGGGGAGUGGGAGAAAUGAAUCUGUCAAUACAUGACAUGAUUCUCUGGAAGAGUAUGGUUAAUUCUUUCUCUCUUGUACUCCCCCUUGCUGGAAGAAAAGUUGAGAUACUGUUGUCAGGCAUUGAUCAGACAGUUACAUUUACCGUCUGUGAUCAGGAAAUGAGUUGGUUAGGGAGGUGAAGGAGGGUUCAGUGUUAGCAAAUCCAUGUUUGCAGUAGCAAGAGAGGAAAGCAGAAUAAAUAAUGAAAAAGCUGUUCAGAAACUGAAGGUUGGAUCCAGAUGAACUAUUUUAUGAAUGGAGGUGUGCCUUCCAUUCAUAGAAGGCCUUGGGAACCAGCAGAUUCUCUCUGCUGCUGCAGGAGGAGGAAAGAUGAUCAAGAAGAUGCAUACCAGGUUUACUCUAGACUCCUUGUUUGUAGCACCAUUAAGUCAGUUGUUGAAUGGUGAAUCCAACUAAUUCAAUGGAUUCUAGACUGAAUUUUUGUUUGAUCCAACUUAGUGAGAAGGUAGUGCAAGAUUCAGAUAAGGGAUAUUGAGAAGAUUCAGGGGUUAAAAAGAAUACCUGAUUUAAAUGUAAAAUGUUUGAGCAUUGCAAAUCCAUAUGGGGUUGUCAAAUGCAUUAACAUCUUUCAACAUGUACAAAACUAUGCCACCAAUUCCUUUCAUUUAUGUUAAUAUUUGCAGCCUCUGUCUAUCCUGCAGCAUUUAAGUGUCCUGGCUCUCUGAACACCAGUAUUCAAUGAGUAUAAUGAUACAAGUUAAAUGCCAUUUUAAGUACAUAAUGCCUUUUAAAGAAAGGUACCGGUUGCUUUGACAGAUUAGCACCAAGCCUCAAAACCACCCUUGAAAUGCAGUCACUAGAGUUCAUUCUUUCUGAUGGCUUCAACAUUGACUCUAUUCAGGGUUAGUGCUGCUUUAUGUUUUAAAAACCAAGCAUUUUGAUCAAGAAAUGGUGGCAUUGUGUGACCUCUAUGAAUUCUGUAGAUUACACCAAUUUGCAUAUGGUUAUAGUUUGCAUUAUUCAUCCUACUUCUACUAUUUUGGGGAAAAGGCAAUGAGUAAUGCAGGGUACCAAAACUCUGCCCUUGACUACCAGAAUUUCUACUGUCAGAGGAUGUACUCCCUAGCUGUUUUUUCAGUCCAAUGGGCUAGAAAUGUUCCCAUUAAAAAUGGAAACUGGGAUGUUCAGGACACCAGAUUCUGUGACCAAUAUGUAUGUGCUUCUUCAAACAAAGCCUUACCUAUGAUAAUCAGAAUUUUGAAUGCACUGUAUUAGCCCUAAGUUAUGGAAGGCAAGGAACAGUGGGUUGGUGGAGUAAUGUUACACCGCGUCUUUGAUGCUGCAACAAUUUCAAAGUGGAUUAAUGUUUCCAUAUCGGGAUGAGUGACUCAAUCGGAAUGGAAGGUGCACAAGGCAGACUGUAUCGCGAAAAGGCUGUUAUGGAUGUACUAUGUUUUUCAUAUACAGUACUGUAAAUGGUAUCAAAUGGGGGAAAAAAGUUGGAUGGGACUUGUUGGUAGUUCCUUCAUAGGAUAUGCUGACAUGUAUAUUUUGCAGCUGGGUUAGGUUUCAUUAAGGAACUCAGAUCAGUUUAUGAUCUUGUUUAUCUUGUACUCUGCAUGGUUUACUGUUUAUUCUUUAUUUGGAAACAGGGAUUAGUUCUAAAAAUAUUAAAAAUGAAUUAAAUUAUAUUUCUUAUAUAUAUUAAUUCAGUGUUACAAAAGAAAAUAUUCUCCUUGGAGGCUGAGUUUUUUGUUUUGUUUUGGGAUGGUGGUGGUGGUGGGAAACAGAAAAACAAUCCAAGGAAUAUUUUUGCAGAAAAAUCAACUGGAAUGUAGUGGAUAACCUUAAAUAAAAAUCAUGACACAGAGCAUGAAUUUGCCUCAGAAACCUUACAUACGAAUUUAGUGGCAUAUUCUAAAAUAAUUCCAUUGGAGCAGAAUAAUAUGAGCCCUAGACUCUAGGACCUAGAGAAUGCGUAUUGUGAUCUAAAUCAGUCAUCACACAGAUGCAUUUGAAAUCAACAACAACAGAGACUAUUUCCCCAUUACCACCCCUCCCUCCAAAAAGGAUACUUUUUUCAAAUUGUUGGAACGAGAUUAAAAAUAGAAAGUUUUGGGGAUUUCCCUCUGCCCACAUCAACCAAUUUUGGAUCCUUUGCUAUGAUCUUGUUUAGCCCCAGCCUUCAGAAGAGUGAGGAGAGAGAUUGAAGAUUAGAGCAACUGUGCAUCAUUGUCAUUGUGCAUCAGGCAUCAGUGUGCAUCAGGCACUUUGCUGGUUCUGCUGCGUAGUAAUGGAACAGUACCAGAUACAGAUGCUGCUCACUAUGCAAUUCUAAAUCCUGCAGAUAUAAGUCCACUAUGAAGACACAAUGGCCCAACAGGGUUCUAUCCCCCUUUCAAGAGCCGAGAGGGAAAUUCACUUGCCAUGCAAUGUCACUUAGUGCCACACCUCAGAUUAAUAUGUGAAAUAUUUUCCCAAAUAUUUUACAGUAAACACGUAGGUGUUGCUUUAAAACAGGUGUUACACAUUACAGCUAGUCCUAUCCACAUUAUAUCCUUGCUCCUUUAAAAGCAUUAUUUGGAAAUUAAAGUCAUUUGGCCUUGAAUAAAAUGCAUUCCCCCGUACGAAAUUAUGGAACUAAUAUUUUGCAUUUCAGGACAUUUUCUAAAGGCGUUAAACAGAACUCCCCACCCCCAGCCCCAGCAGCAAAACUACUUUGCCACAAUUACCUCAGUUUGAAGCAAGGCUCAGGAUCACCAUUACAUUUGGCUUGUACGCAGGUUUUGAAGCGUGAUAUCAGGAAAAUUACUCAGAAAAUACUGUUUGUACACAGGGUUAUUAUGUUCGCUCAAUCACAGCCUGUGCAGUAGAGACUACAAGGAUAUUUUCUUGACUGUAUAGCUUCUGUACCAAGCAAAAUGUUGCUUUAGGGACAGCUGAUGCGUAGCCCACUUUCCUGACCGAAUCUUUGGGCUCUCCAACAGGCAUUUACUGUUUGCCUUACCAAGUAGCACGCUGUACCUUUAGUGGGCAUAUCCUACUUGGCAAUUGCCAGGAACUGUCUUCUUGGCAUGCUUCCUGGAAUGAAUGCUUGGCAGCAAAGUGGCCUG